AUGACGGCAAGAAGCCAGACUAUGCAAAUGAUGGUUCGGCCUUGCGACUUCGACGGUGCUGGCGAGAGUAUGACGCAGCAGGCGGACCUAGCUGUACAAGAACUGCAUGCAGCUUUGCACCGAUGCCGUCCGCCUCGCUGCUUUCCUUUCCAGAAUGCGUAUUCUGAUGGUUUGAGGCUGGGUGCUACGCUGGGCUACUUGGAAGCUGAAGGCUUUUUAACUGACUGGACUCCAUCCAAGACAUGUACUGUUGGAGUAAAUCCACUGCUGUCAAUUCUUCCAAAGCGUAGAGAUGCCAAUGCUAUGGUGAUUGACCUGCGCUCCAUCUCUAGUUUGACUGGUUCAGAGUACAUGAGGUUUUCCCUGCAUUGCGGUGCAGCCCUCUACGACGCAGUGCAGACACUUGCCCGCCACGGCAAGGCAACAGUAGAUGAGCUAAGCCAACGUGGUACACUAGUUCACGGCUGCAAAGAUCAGCCACUGAAGAAGAGGCGGAAGGAUGAAAAACUGCCAUAUGAAUUAGUGUUACUGCUUAGAGUGCUUCUUCAUGGCAACGUGCUGUUCUUGAAUGAGGAUGGCUGA